AUGAUAGCUAAAUUAACAUUAGAUUAUUCGUUUCAAAUCGACAAUAAAUCUAAUAUACAUUAUCUUUCUGAAGAGAACAGAUCCUUAUAAGAAUAUAUUCAAGAUUUAGAAAGUGCCUUAAAAUUAAAUAAAUAAACCAUGUAUCUUACAUUAGAAGGUCUAAAUAAAAGACCACAAGUAUUAUCAAUAGAUUACAUAGUUGACAACAGAUAAUAGCACAAUGUCAACUGGUUAUAAUUAUCCAAAUUCAUAAUUAGAAAGUGUCAUUUAGUUAUUGAAUGAAGAGAAUCAAAAAACUAAUCAAAGGAUUAUCCAAUUAAUAAGCAAUUACUCAAUAAUUAUAAACUAAAAUUUUAUUUCAAGAAUAGAUAUGAGAGGAAUAAUAAGAUUAUUAUAAAGACUUGAUAGGAGAUUUGGAAUAAAAAUUAAUAGAAUUGAAGAGAAAUGUUCAUGAUCUUGUAAAUGCAAUAUAAGAAUUGGAAAGAAUGAAACCAAUCCAAGAGAGAGAAUGUCAAUUCUAUAAGAUGAAUGAAAUAGUCUCUUCUUCAGAAUAGAAUCUUAGAUUACAUGAAGAAUUUUUUAAUGUCAGAAAUUUAUUGAAUAAAAUAACUUAAGAAGCUUAAACCUUAAGUGAUACCAAUUAUGUAAGUAUAAUUAUAUUUUAAUUUCUAAAAAGGGAAAUGUUCAAAAUCAGAAUUGCUUUAAGAAAUUAAAUUAAUUUUUAGACUAUGAAAAGUAAUUUUUUUUUAAAUUUGUACUAGAUUUCGUUUAUGAUGAAUAUUUAGAGGUAAAUUGGAAUAAAUUCAAUAGGAUUUAUAUGGAACAUCUUGUUUAGGAUAUGGUUUGGUUUCUAAAGAAGAGUGCAUUGAAUUCUUGAUGUCGAUAUAUAAUGAUUAUUUUAAGAUAUUUGAUGUAAAUGAAUUUAUUAUGUAGUUAGGCAAUGUCAAGAAAUAAUAAUUGAUAAAUUAAAUUUAAAAUAGAAAAUCCAACAAAAGAUCCAUUAAAAGAUCUUAUAGCUAUCCUUAACUUUAUUUUUCUAAUGUUAAUGCAAUCACUUUUAAUAAACCACUAAAAUUAUCUGUUAUUGCUCUCGUAUGUAAUAGUUCUAUUUUAGGCAAAAAAUGAAAUUUAGUUACUAGUAGCUGAAAUCUAAAAGGAAAAGUAGAAAUAAAUAUAGAAUUAAGUUGAUGGUGUCUUUAGUGUAGAUUUCUCUAAAAUAGAUAUGAAAUAAAAUAAAAGAUAAAUGUUUGAUAACGAUUUAAGUUUUAUUUCUAAUUUAGAUGAUCAAGAUUGA